AUGGCUGCUCCAAAAAAUGUCCCUUUAGGAUACGAACAUGUGACGGAUACUCGCAAUGGAUAUGGCAACGGCCCUGGCAUUAUCAGCUCCUCAGAAGAGCUGGAGGUCAUUUGCGGUCCUCUCCUGAAUUAUCUUUGUAUGUCAUACGAAACCGAAUACGCCGUCUGGCAUGGUACGGUCCUUCUCGUCACGAAGCCUGGCCAGAGACAACCAAAACUCGAGCUCAAAUUUCUUGGUAACACUGCUGGAGCUGGCGCGCAACCCGAUCUGUGUGCUGAAGGAGAUAAUGUGGUGGUCGAUGGAUUGAAGCUCUAUGCCGAUCCGCAGAAGGCUUUUUGGCGCUUUUCGCUGAAGGUGCCGUUGAACCCAGACGCAGAAGCAAAGUGGCAAUACACGAUAACAAACAUGAAGAUGUUGUCGGAGGCUUCCAAGAGCCCAUCAAGGGAGUUCUACGUGCCUGCAGCAAACCAGUCUAUGCGAUUGAUGUUUCAUUCGUGUAAUGGUUUCUCUGUCGGCACUGAUGUCGAGUUCUGGUCUGGCCCUGUGCUGUGGAACAAUGUCCUUGAGACACACGCAAAGCGCCCAUUCCAUGUCAUGAUUGGUGGCGGCGAUCAGAUAUACAAUGAUAGCAUCAGAGUUGAUGGACCUCUUAAACCUUGGACUAAAAUUACUAGCCCCAGAAGAAGGAGAGAAUAUCCCUUCGAUAACGAGAUGCGCAAGGCAUGUGACGAUUACUAUUUCGAGAACUAUACUCGCUGGUAUAGAACGGAGCCUUUCGCCACUGCUAACUCCCAGAUUCCGCAGAUCAACAUCUGGGACGAUCAUGAUAUUAUUGAUGGGUUCGGCAGCUAUACAGAUCAUUUCAUGCAAUGCCCUGUCUUUCGAGGCAUCGGCGGCGUUUCUUUCAAGUACUAUUGCCUAUUUCAACAUCACACUGCGCCACCGAAGUCGACAUUCACCACCGAUGCACCGGCUACCAUGAAGGCAGGAGCAGACGGCACCACAGGUGCUGACUCACGGCAGCUGAAGGAUACGUAUGUGUAUACUGAAACAGCUGAUGACCGAAGUUGGAUUGUUGGGAAAAGACCAGGCCCGUAUGUUGAAGAACGUUCCCGAAGCUUGUACAUGCGUCUUGGUGCCAGGAUGGCCUUCUGUGGAAUCGAUGCCAGAACCGAAAGAACACGGAAACAAGUCAAUUACCCAGAUACAUAUGAUCUCAUAUUUCAACGCCUUCGAACAGAAUUCAUAGCCGCGCGAGGUCAGAUAAAGCAUCUCAUCCUUCUCCUUGGUGUGCCCAUUGCAUACCCUCGAUUAGCCUGGCUAGAGAACAUUCUAGCUUCACCUAUCAUUGCGCCAAUCAAACUCCUACACAAACGCUUUGGUGUCGCAGGAGGCUUCUUCAACAGUUUCGACGGCUCGGUUGAUCUACUGGACGACCUAGACGAUCACUACACCUCUCGCCAUCACAAGAAAGAGCGCCGCGAACUCAUCAAGCGACUGCAAGGGCUGGCUCAAGAAUUCUCUGUUCGCAUCACGAUUCUAGGAGGAGACGUCCAUCUGGCUGCAAUGGGCCGAUUUUAUUCAAAGACCAAAUAUAACAUCACAGCCGAGCAAGACCACCGAUACAUGGCCAACGUGGUCAGCAGCGCCAUCACCAACAAACCACCGCCAAGUGCCGUAGCCAAUCUUUUAGCCCGUCGAAACAAAAUCCACCAUCUUGACCACGACACAGAUGAGACCCUGCUCAAGCUCUUUGACAAGCAGCCCGGAGGCAACAUAAAGGGCGCAACCUGGAAUCAAUGCACCAUGCCAUCGCGAAACUACGCAACCAUCACCGAAGUCGUUGCAGGUUCAGUAGACAAUGGCAUGCAGCAGCAGCAGCAACCAACAAUGAACGGCGACAUCUCCAACAACGCCACUAACAGUCUUCCUGUCCUCAACAACGAGAAGGACGGCCUCAUGACCCUAGCUGGCGGACCACGUGGCAAGGACGGCCACUCUCCCCUUCACAAGGGCGAAGAAGGAGUCGGCACAAAACAUCCCGCUGCCGAUGGUGUGAGUGCCAAGAGCGGGAUGCUGGGUGGGUUAGAUAUCAGUAUUCAGGUCGAGAUUAACAAUCAUAGUAAGGGUGGCGAAACGGAGGGAUAUGGGUUCAGUAGAGGGAAAGUGAGAUGGCAAGGUGUUCUUAACAUUGAGGCUAAUGUAUAUGCCUAA